AUGUGAAUUCUUUCACAUUCAUAAAACUGGCCAGUUCCUAGUUUUAUUCAUUCACCAAAUUUACUUCUUCAUCUCACAGCUUCUCUUCCUCCAGAGCAUUACCGUUGAAGAAACAGGAUUGUGGAGGGAGUUUGAUACUGUAAUUUGGAAUAUCCAGCCAUGGCUAGAGAACAGUUAGGAGUGCUUAAUGCCCUCGAUGCAGCCAAGACACAAUGGUAUCAUUUCACUGCAAUUGUAAUUGCAGGGAUGGGAUUUUUCACUGAUGCUUACGAUCUGUUUUGCAUCUCCUUAGUCACCAAAUUACUAGGCCGUAUAUACUACCAUCAUGAUCAUGCACCAAAGCCAGGCACAUUACCUCCAGGAGUAGCAGCUGCUGUCAAUGGUGUCGCUUUUGUUGGCACUUUAUCUGGCCAACUGUUUUUUGGGUGGCUUGGUGACAAAUUGGGCCGGAAAAAGGUCUAUGGUAUAACUUUGCUGCUCAUGGUUGUGUGCUCUAUUGCCUCAGGGCUGUCAUUUGGAAGCAGUCCAAAGGGUGUUAUGGCUACCCUUUGUUUCUUCAGGUUCUGGCUUGGUUUUGGUAUUGGUGGUGACUAUCCUCUUUCAGCCACAAUUAUGUCUGAAUAUGCUAACAAAAAGACUCGUGGAGCAUUUAUCGCUGCAGUUUUUGCAAUGCAAGGGUUUGGGAUUUUGGGUGGUGGAAUUGUGGCUCUUAUUGUCUCUUCUUCCUUUGAUCAUGCAUUCAAGGCGCCUGCCUACUCAGCCAAUGCAGCAGCCUCCACAGUGCCUCAAGCUGACUAUGUUUGGCGUAUAAUUUUGAUGUUUGGUGCAUUCCCUGCUGCUCUUACUUACUAUUGGCGAAUGAAGAUGCCGGAAACUGCUCGAUACACAGCCCUUAUUGCCAAGAACGCAAAACAGGCUGCAGCAGACAUGUCAAAAGUAUUGAAUGUGGAUCUUCAAGCAGAAGAAGAUAAGGUUAUAAAGUUGGUAGUAAGUCAAUCAAAUUCCUUUGGCUUGUUCUCUAGGGAAUUCUUGAAGCGCCAUGGACUUCAUUUGCUUGGAACUACUUCCACUUGGUUCUUGUUGGACAUUGCAUUUUACAGCCAAAAUCUAUUCCAAAAGGACAUCUUCAGUGCAAUUGGAUGGAUUCCCCCAGCCGAAAAAAUGAAUGCGAUGCAUGAGGUCUACAAGAUUGCAAGAGCACAAACAUUAAUAGCCCUAUGCAGUACGGUUCCAGGGUAUUGGUUCACGGUGGCUUUCAUUGAUGUCAUCGGAAGAUUUGCUAUUCAAUUGAUGGGUUUCUUCUUCAUGACAGUUUUCAUGUUUGCUCUUGCCAUACCAUACCAUCACUGGACCUUGAAACCCAACAGAAUUGGUUUUGUAAUAAUGUACUCCCUAACCUUCUUCUUUGCCAAUUUUGGACCCAAUGCUACAACAUUUGUUGUGCCAGCUGAGAUCUUCCCUGCAAGACUAAGGUCAACCUGUCAUGGUAUAUCAGCUGCAGCUGGGAAAGCUGGUGCAAUUGUGGGUGCAUUUGGGUUCUUAUAUGCUGCUCAAAACAGAGAUCCAAAGAAGACAGAUGCAGGCUACCCACCAGGCAUUGGAGUCAGAUACUCGCUUAUUAUGCUUGGGGUCAUCAAUUUCUUUGGAAUGCUAUUUACUCUCUUGGUGCCUGAAUCAAAGGGUAAAUCACUUGAAGAGUUAACAGGUGAGAAUGAGGAUGAAGGUGGUGACACAGAACUACAAACUGGUCCUGCUAGAACUGUUCCUGUGUGAUUUUUACACUAAUUGCAGAAGUUCUUAUCAAGUCAUACGGACUUUCAUAGUGACUUUUAACUUCUUGUUGGUUUUACGAAUUUACUGUUUGAGAAAGAUGCUAUAAUCUAUAUGUAUACUUGGUAUUAAAUUUUUUUUCAUUUUGUACUAUAUUUUGUUUAUCUGUCCUACUGUAUUUUCAAAUAAAUAUAUGUCCUUGUUUGGC